GUCGGACAAUUGGCAAUUGAAUUUUAGUAUCGCGACUUCAUAGUGGUGCUAUCUGAAAUGUUCAAAUAGGACGCCGCAUCGCAUCACCCUAGCGGACAAAGGAAUAUCGACUCCUUCGCCAUACGCACCGACGCAUUGACCAUCCUGUCAAUUCCUAAGACAAGCUUGGGUGAAAACUAUCUCGAAAUCGCCAUUUUCGGGGCGGCCACCUCCGAGCAACCAACUGCCCCGAAAGGAUCCGGUGAGACCAGAAUCGAAAGGAAGGAAGCGAGAUAACGUGUAAAGGGAAUCAGAAUGCAGCCGACCCAAGCGCUCCUAAAGCGCUUUCGCAAGCUGCCGCUGACGACCAAGGAUAUCAAUAAGGGAUACUAUAAGGGUACACGCACCGGGUCCAUGGGUCAACACACCAAGUUCGGUGGCUAUGUUAUCGACUGGAAGAAGGUGCGGACAUAUGUGGUGCCCUCUAAUCUCGAUACCUUUAAUUUAACACCUUUCAUUACGAUGAAAUUCGAGCACACGAGGGGUAGGUACGAGGGAUAUAAGCUGGGUCCCAAGAGUCCCGAACUAUAUCUAGAUCGGUGGAAGACCGAGAACGGACUGGACUAAAUAACACCAGCUUCGGAAAGUAGAUCCAGUUUGCUUUUCGUCGUGGCCCAUUAUAAGAGGAUUAGACCAUCCGAAAAUCUAGGGAUACCAGCAACAAGUAUCCCUAGAGGACCUGGAGCUGAGCGUUCGUGCACGACGAGACGAAAACCACAGCGUCAUGUUCCUGAUACAGCCGCCGACAGAAAUCUACAAAUACUGUGAGGAUAUGUAUACCUCAGGAGCCUGUAUAUAAUGUAUCACAAUUACCAAGUCAAAAAUCUAAAGAUUUCAAAAGGAAACAAAUAAGAAUUCGUGUUUGGUAUCAUACUAAUAUACGAUUAUUACUAACGAG